AUGUCGAAGAUGAAGCACCUGCUAAGAAAGCUUCACAUCGGCAGCGGGGGGCUCAACGACCACCAGGCCGCGGCGCCGAGUCCGGUGGCGAAUCUCAACCCGGCCGCGUCGUCUCCCGCGUCGUCGUCGUCGGGCUCGACGGCGGCAAUGGGGAGAAACGCCUCGGCGGUGGAGUCGGUGAGUGAUCGGGGGUCGGGCGACGGCGGGGGGAGCGGUAGUGGCGGAGGAGGCGUGGAUUUCAAUUUCUUGGAGGAGGAGUUUCAGGUCCAGUUGGCGCUUGCGAUUAGCGCUUCCGAUCCCGAUUCCCGCGACGACCCCGAGACGGCUCAGAUCGACGCCGCCAAGCGGAUUAGCCUCGGCUGCGCCGCCUCGUCGCGAGCCGACACUCAGGCGCCGUUUCAGAUGCUUUCGCUUCGCUACUGGAGUCAUAAUGUUGUAGAUUAUAAUGAAAAAGUGGUGGAUGGAUUUUAUGACGUUUAUGGAAUUACCUCGAAUUCGUUUAGACAAGGGAAGAUGCCAUUGUUGGAGGAAUUUAGAGCCGUGUCGGUUUCAGAUAAUGUGGACUACGAUGUCAUAUUAGUAAACCGGAUGGUUGAUGCCGAACUGCAACAACUUGAGAAAAGAGCAUAUGCUGCAUCUCUAGAGUCGGGAAUUUCUCAACAUGGUCUACUUUUAAGUGGCUUGAUUCAGAAGAUUGCUGAUAUUGUUGUGGAUAGAAUGGGUGGUCCAGUUGGAGAUGCAGAUGAAAUUUUGAGAAGGUGGAAAGUAAGGAGGCAUGAGCUAAGGAGUUCAAUGAACACUAUCAUUCUUCCCCUUGGACUAAUUGAUGUUGGACUCUCACGCCACAGGGCCCUGCUCUUUAAGGUACUAGCUGAUAAGAUAAAUCUUCCAUGUAUGCUGGUCAAAGGUAGCUACUACACUGGUACUGAUGAUGGAGCUGUAAACUUGAUUAAAAUUGAUAGUGGAAUUGGAAGUGAGUAUAUCAUUGAUCUGAUGGGUGCUCCUGGAACACUAAUUCCUGCUGAGGUACCUACUAGUCAGCUCCCAAAUUCUUUUUUUGCCAUAAGGAGCUUUCAAGAUCCCACAGAAAUGCCCACAGAGAUGCCCAAAGAUAUGUUGUUACUACAACCUGAGGGAACUGGAAUGUCGGCAGCUCCAUCCAGUCUUGAAAGAGCUUCCACAUUUGGCAGCUCUAGGUCAGAAGAAGCAUCAUAUGCCGGUGUUCACACAAAAGAUGACCAAAGAAGCGUCACUGAAGAAAAUCAAAUUGAGAAUCUUAAAAGUGACCUUGAGAUUCCUCUUAAAAGUAAAUCAUGUGAAAGUUCAUCAGGCGCAUCUGGGAAAGCUGCAUCUGCGCAAAAACGGAAAGUGAAAAAUGUAUCCAAGUAUGUCAUCAGUGCUGCAAAGAACCCAGAAUUUGCACAGAAACUACAUGCUGUCUUGUUGGAGAGUGGCGCAUCACCUCCUCCAGACUUAUUUUCAGAUAUGAAUCCUCAAUAUCUGAAUGAAGGUAAAUUGCUUGGACAAAUACAUGCAGAUGGGGAACUUGUAGAUGAUGGGGUUCAUGAUUAUCUGGUUAAACUAUUAUCAAGCAGUGACCAAUCUUCUGCUGUGGAGUUAGCAGAGCAACGGAAUGUGUGGCGGAGCAAUUCUUUUCCAUCUGAUAACGUUGAUGAGGGCUUUGUAAUGGUUUCUGGCCAGAAUAGUGAAGCAACUCAGAUUGGUGCUAUAAAUUCAGAUCCUGCUCUUGGUAAUCCCCCAAGGAUGAAUUCAGAAGCUUUUCAUGAGGAGAAAAUUGAUGAUCUAUCUAUGGUUUUUGGAACAAGUUCUGCUAAUAAUCAAUUGGGCAAAGAAUCUGUUGCUCAAUCAACGCAAACUGCAAAUAGCAGGCUGUGUGCUGCUUGGGAUAGUCACGCUGAUAGGUACCCGCCUCUGGGAGAAGUUGCGGAGUGGGAAAUCCUAUGGGAGGAUCUUCAGAUUGGAGAGCGCAUUGGAAUUGGCUCAUAUGGUGAGGUUUAUCAUGCGGAUUGGAAUGGCACUGAAGUAGCUGUGAAGAAAUUUUUGGAUCAAGAUUUUUCGGGUGAUGCAUUGGUUCAGUUUAGAUGUGAAGUAGAGAUCAUGUUAAGACUUAGACAUCCAAAUGUCGUCCUUUUCAUGGGUGCUGUUACUCGCCCUCCCCAUUUCUCCAUCCUGACAGAGUUUCUUCCCAGGGGCAGUUUAUACAGAUUACUGCAUCGUCCAAAUUCUCAGCUUGAUGAAAAGAGGCGAAUGCGAAUGGCUCUUGAUGUGGCGAAGGGAAUGAAUUACCUCCACACCAGCAAUCCUACUGUUGUGCAUCGUGACCUUAAGUCUCCAAAUCUCCUUGUUGAUAAGAAUUGGAAUGUGAAGGUUUGUGACUUUGGGUUGUCACGUACGAAGCACCACACUUAUCUCUCCUCAAAGUCCACUGCUGGAACGCCGGAAUGGAUGGCACCGGAAGUUUUAAGGAAUGAAUUAGCUAACGAGAAGUGUGAUGUGUACAGUUUUGGUGUAAUACUAUGGGAAUUGACUACUUGCUGUAUCCCAUGGAAAGGAUUGAACCCAAUGCAGGUUGUUGGAGCUGUUGGAUUCCAAAAUAGGCGUCUUGAAAUUCCCGAUGAUGUUGACCCGGUGGUUGCUGAGAUAAUACGUGAUUGUUGGCAAACAGAGCCAAAUUUACGGCCUUCUUUCUCGCAGCUCAUGGUUCGACUCAAGCGUCUUCAACGGUUUGUUGGAAGAACGAACUCUGCAAAUCAAGUGACUUGAUAACCCAAAAAAAAAAGAAAAAAAGUUCACUGUAGAAAAUAAUUGAAAUUGUGAAAUUGUUCCUUGUCUCGAAGAGCCAGGGCAGCGGAAGUUUUUCUCUUCGAUGCAAAGGAAGUAGAGAAUGCAGGAUUGGGGAAGUGUUGGCUCAGUCGAAGUGGGGGCUCAGCACAGCCAAAAUGAAGAUCAGUCUUUAUUGAACAGAGUGGAUAUCCUCCUAAUUAGAACUGCACAAGGGCAGUGGAGGUGUGCCAUUGAAGACCAGUCUUCAGUAGUGAUAGUAAGGUUGUAUCUGCCAAAUUGUAAGAAAUUUCCUGAAAAGAAAAGUAGGAGAAAAAAAAAAACUGAAAAAAGAAAGGAAGAAAGAAAUUAAUAAUUCUUAAUUGUAUUACUGUAGAGGUCCUAUUUGGGAAUUGUAAACAUAUGAUCUCUGCAUGUUAUUGUGAAAAGAGCAAGUACAUUUGGAAGAAAAAGAAACGAGGAAAAAAAAAAAUAGUGAAGUACU